UGAACCAAAAAGUGAGAGAGAAUCAGAGACCCCUGCAGUAUCAGAACCCACUCAAUUAAAUCCCCCCUUUUUAUUAUUUAAUUUCCACAACCUCCAAUCUUACACAACACACACUCACACUCACACCACAAGCUUUUCAUCCUCAAAUUCUUCUCUCAAACCCUAAACUUCAAUUUAUCAUAUGGAAUUUUCAAGACUUCACUUCUAAACUUCAAAACCAAGAUUUAAUUUCACAUUUACAUGAUAAAGAUGGUUGCUUUUUACACUUCAAGGUAUUUUAUAAUAGCCCUUUGUUUAUUUACUUUUUACUGCAAAUCUAUAGCUGCAAAAGACUCAAAUUCAUCAUUUUAUUUCAAGAACUUUGGUAAAGAUUCGAACUUUAUCUCUUUUCUUGGACUUUAUGGUGAUGCAAAUGUUGGUAAUGAUGGAUUGUCUUUACAACUUACUUCCCCUUUAGUUUCUAGUGUUGGUAGAGUGAUUUACAAGAACCCCAUUAAGUUUUAUGGUGAAAAUCACAAGAAAUUAGUGUCUUUUUCAACGUAUUUCUCGUUUUCGAUAUCGAAUGAUUCAAGAAAUGGAGACGGGUUAGCUUUUGUUGUGUUUUCUGAUGGGUAUCCUGUGGAUUUGUUAGAUGAUAAGGGGCCAUUUGGGCUUUCAGUUAAAGGUGAAAAUUUUAAGUUCUUGAGUGUUGAAUUUGAUACAUUGAUGGAUGCUAAGUAUGGUGAUAUGAAUGGGAAUCAUGUUGGAAUUGAUGUAUCUAGUUUUGUGUCUUUGAAAGUUACAAACUUGUCUAAUUAUGAUUUGGGAUUAAGUAGUGGUAAUAGGUUGCAAGUUUGGAUUGAUUAUGAAGCGGGUUCAAGGCAAUUAGAGGUAAGAAUGAAUAAAUUUGGGGAAAACCGGCCUAUUGACCCGUUGCUGUUUAAACGAAUCGAUUUACCUAAAAUUUGGCCUGAAAAUGAUGGGUUUUAUGUCGGGUUAAGUUCAUCAAAUGGAAACUCUUCACAGUUGUGCAAUGUGUAUUCGUGGAGCUUUAAGACACGACAACAGCCAGAUUGGAUGCAUUCUGAACCGUUGGAUCCAAUAGUUUACAAAGGAAGGGAAGAAAAUGAGAUCAAGAUUCGUAAGAAAAGUGACUGUGUUAUGAGGAUUCUUUCUGCCCUCAUACUUGGGAUCGGGUUAGGAGCUUUAGGAAGCUUUAUCGGUAUGUUCAUGUGGACGAUAUUUGCAAAUAGGCGACUGAUUGCCAUUACGCCCGAAGAGUUUGCUAUGAAACCUGUGGCUCACGAUAAAGCUUCUGCAAAUGAGAAGCAAUAGGCAAGUGUGUUUGACUAGCUGUUUAGAUGUUAUUUAUUGUGAAUUGUAAAUGGAUUUUGCUUGUGUGAUCUUUUAAGUGUUUCUUGUUAUUGUGUUACUACUAUAUCUCGAUGAUCAAAUCAACUGAAUUUAGCGUUUGUGCUACUUAUAUGUUAUGAACAACAUGUGUUUUUGUUA